AAAUCUGCAUAGUGAGAAGCUCUCAGUCACACACACACACACACUCAAUUGCCCUUUGCAACUUCUAGAGAAAGAGAGAGAGAGAGAAUCAGAAUAAGGAAGAUGGAGGAUACGAAACCCAGCGAAAUAAGCAGUUCAAAGAUGUUCGGAGGUUACAACAAGAGGUUCAAACAUUUCAGCCCUACGCUCGGUUGCUCCAUGACCUUCCACAUCUAUUUCCCUCCUUCUCCUUCUCAAUCUCACAAAUUCCCUGUACUGUACUGGCUUUCUGGUCUCACUUGCACCGAUGAGAAUUUCAUUUUCAAAUCGGGUGCUCAACGUGUGGCUUCCAACGAGAGUAUUGCCUUAAUUGCCCCUGACACUUCUCCAAGAGGCUUGAAUGUCGAAGGAGAAGCAGACAGCUGGGACUUUGGUGUAGGUGCAGGAUUUUAUCUGAACGCUACACAAGAGAAGUGGAAGAAUUGGCGCAUGUAUGACUAUGUUGUCAAGGAAUUGCCAAAGCUUCUAAGCGAUAACUUUCCACAGCUUGAAACAUCAAAUGCUUCCAUAUUUGGUCAUUCUAUGGGCGGGCAUGGUGCUCUAACAAUCUACCUGAAAAAUCAGGAUAAAUAUAAGUCAGCUUCUGCCUUUGCACCAAUAGCAAAUCCUACAAAUUGUCCUUGGGGAGAGAAGGCAUUCACAAAUUAUCUAGGUGGCAAUAAAUCUGAUUGGGAGGAUUAUGACGCCACUUAUUUGAUAACAAAGUUUCCCAAUGUAUCUGCCACCAUUUUGAUUGAUCAGGGGGAAGAUGACAAAUUUUUGAAAGAUCAACUGCUGCCUCACAAAUUUGAGGAGGCAUGCAGGAAUGCCAAAGUUCCACUACUGUUACGAUUUCAACCUGGUUAUGAUCACUCUUAUAAUUUUAUUGCCACAUUCAUAGAUGAUCACAUCCGACAUCAUGCUCAAGCUCUUAGGCUUAGUUAAAUUGUGUGCACUCUGACAACCUAGAACUAUUUUGUGAGGCUCUUCUGAACCUACUUAUCUGUGCGUGCUUGUUAUACUCUUGGGUUAUGUUUGACUAUGGAUUGAAACUUGUCUUCAUGCCAGUCAGUUCAAAACUAAUACCAUGUCUAUGGAAUGUAUAAUUAUUUUAAGUUAUUAUAGAUUAACAUAAAAUAGAAAGAGGGCAAGUCUCAAAGAGUGGUAAAACUGUUCGUGAUUGAAAGG